CAUUUAAUGCUCCUGAUCCCCCGCGUCACUACGACAGAUUUGUCACUGGCGGCAGCUGAGUUUACAUUCGGCGCACGGACCGAAAACACUCAGCUGUCAAAUACCUACACACUCCCAGCAGCCAAACACACAAUCAUUACGGGGAGCGCAGCGUAAUGGCGUCUGUGAGCGUGGUGGGGCAGCAGCCCGGUCCACACAGAUUGGACUCGGAACCGCCGAUCCUGCUCUUCAAACUGUCCGGCACCAAGAAGAAAAUCACGCUGCCGAGGAGGUCAUCCUGGGAGAAGAUGAUGCUCGCCGGGAGCGGCGCGGAGAGCGGCUCGGACGCUGCUGAGGAGGAGUUGCGAACUCAUCCUUUACGGCGUCCAGGACCAGCUGGAGGGAUGAUGCCCGCGGGAGGUUGCGGUGCCUCAGCCGGCCUCCAAGCGCCACGUAGCCCCACGCAGGAUGGACAAGUGGGCAGCUGCGGCAGCGUUGCCCGAGGGAUGGCCGGGCACAUCACCAAUGGCUACAUGAGGUGUGACCCAAACCAAAACACGAGUUGUCGCAGGGGGGCAUCGCCGAAGGAGCCCGGAGUCUGCGCCAUGCCAAGCGGCACGACUAACAGAGCGAGGAGAGCACACCGGCACCGGGACGGGUCGCACGGGAGACGGGGCUCCCGGAAUGGAGACGGUCACAGCGGACAACAGAGCGAUUCAUCCGCGGUCUCGCCUCCCGGAGAGCGCCGCGGACUGCCGCUGGAGCGGCUCACUCAGGGCAAGACUGGGGUGGUGAAGCUGGCCCGCACCGAGCCUCACCGCAGGGAGGCCUGGUCCAUCUUCCCCCGAGAGAUGGACCCCCGAGUGAGGGCAGAGAGAGGUGAAGGACACCGGUUCGAGACCAAGCCAGUGAAGCAGGACUGGUGUGACGCCUGCAGCAGACAGAUCACAGCGCAGGGACUCAAGUGUCAAAACUGCAGCUACACCUGUCACCUGGAGUGUGAGAGACAGGUCCAACUCGACUGCAACCAGAGGGACAGAGACUCAGAAGACAGCCCAGGUCCCAAAGGCCACUCUUCCUCCUCCUCCUCUUCCUCCUCUGCAGCUCCUCGGUGCAAGCAAAGUGAAACAAAGGAGGAAGAGGAGAGAGGAGGCGCUGAGGAGCUGUCAGAGGAAGAAGUCCAGGCCAAGAUAGAGUCGUACAACGCUCAGGUGUCUGAAAAUGGCAUGAAUCUGGCUGCAGAUGGCUCUUUCACCGGCUUCAUUAAGGUCCACCUGCGGCUCAGUCGGCCGGUCACGGUGGAGGGCGACCGGGGCCGCGCCCCGUCAGAAGACCAGGAUGGAGAGCAGGGGGAGCGUACGGAAAAGCGGACGUCCUUCUACUUGCCAUGCGACUGUGUGAAGCAGAUCCACAUCGGCUCUCUGACCACCACCAGCGAGGUGAUACAGGGCCUGCUGAAGAAGUUCAUGGUGCUGGACGAUCCUCGCAAGUUCGCAUUGUACAGGCAGACGCACAGAGAUGGACAGGACUUGUUCCAGAAGCUCUCUCUGUCUGAACAUCCUCUUGUCCUGAGGUUGAAAGCAGGACCAGAUCCUGAGCAGCUCACCUUUGUCCUAAAGGAAAACGAGACCGGAGAGGUUGAGUGGCACGCGUUCUCUGUCCCAGAGCUUCAAAACUUCUUGGUCAUCCUGGAGAAAGAGGAGGCGGAGCGUGUGCGAGCCGUGCAGCAAAAGUACACCAUUUACCGACAGAAGCUGCAGCAGGCCCUUCAACAGCACGGCCCUUGACCCUUGACCCCUGACCCCGUCCCCCUCAUGUCUCCGACCCCGGGGAUGUGCGGACCUUUAGGAUACCAUGUGAUCUGAGUCCAGAGAAGCGGAGCCUGAGCUGAACUUACCUUCGGACUCCUCGUCGACAAACGUUCAGACACGGACAGGAGACACGCUGAUGCAUAUACUUUCUCAGGUCGUACGCAGGCUCCCUUACGCAAUCCCACCGCACCCACAACAGGAUCCGGACAACAGAUGUUUACCCCUGCCAAGGAAGAUCUGGAACUGCAACCUUCUUCUUGAGAUCUCGUUUAUGACUGAUGUGAAUCAGCGAUGGUUUUUACACUUUUCCCUUCUCUUCUGCUACUACAACAACUACUGCUGCUGCUGCUGCUGCUACUGCAAGUGUUACUUAUGCAUGAGUCUCUCAGCUCAUCUGCCCUGCACAUAGGAUUAGGAUUAAAAGAGAAGGCAUGAUUGCUUUUAGCUGCAUCGAGCUGGAGCUGAAGGACAAUCAUAUGGUGUGUUUGUUUUUUUUUUUUUUUUUACUGCCCAUCCCAGCAUCAUGAUGCUGUCGCCACCAUGUUCUUAGUAUGUGUUUAUAUAUAUUAACCCAUACGUGAGAUGAUUCGAAGUAGGAAAGAUGCUUGCCGUUUUUCUCCUCUAAUUCACUCAGUCCCACCAUGUCCACAGAUGCCAGAUGUGGUUAGUUUUUUCUUUAUUUUUAUUUUUCAUUUUAUUUUAUUUUUUUUUACUGCCUAAAUCCACAAAUAAGAACCCUGGAGAGAUGAUGAGAGUCAGCUCUUAUGCCUUUUAGUUGCGAGCAAACUCUUGCUGUUUUGGGGGUUGUUUAUGAAUGAGAGAGGAUGUUUACGCCAACGCUUGCCGACUGACUUUUACAAAGAGGAUUUCAAUUGAAUUGGAGGUGGUGGAU